ACRGUACGAUGCAUUUCUGAUUGCAAGUUUCGAAGGUUGCUCGAGCUGCAAACAUCGGUACCAGGAAACGAAGGUUUUAACAGAUCAGGCCAGGUGAGAUCGGAUCGUUGUUUCAAGCGAGUCGUUGGCCUUGUAGAUAGGAACAACCAAGGCACGCUUGGUCGUUGGGUCCGUAACAGUUCCAUAUCGAAACGUACACACACACAAAGGAACAACAACAACAAUGGCGAGCUCCAAUAGUGGUGGCGGUGCAUCCAAACCCUUCGAAUGGCUGUCGGGUGGCCUCUUCUUCGGCGGCGGCGGCAACAAGGAAGGCGGGAUCGAAAGCAUCGACUCGGAGAAAAACAUAAAGACCCUGCUCGAAGGGAUCCAGGAGAACCUUGGGGCAACGGCGAACUCUGCGCCGGCCGACGACGAGAAAUCGGCCCGGGCCCCCUUAUCACCGUCUCAGUCGGCUCCCCUGGCAGCACGGCUGGCACGCCUCCGAUUUUUGCUCUAUGACGAGCGAAGGGUCACCUCCCAGCAAUCGGAUCAGUCCCACCGGCUGGGAAACCCUUCCGUAGCCCUCGAUACCGUCGAAAGCCUGGCAGACAAGUCCGGCGAUAACAAUCUCGGGGGCUUGAUCCCGGAUCUAAUCAACAAUUUGCAGAGCCUGCCGUUCGAAAGCAGAAARCACGUGGCGGCCAUUUUCAACUAUCUUCUCGUGUGUGGAUUCGACGGAAUCGAUCGAGACGUAUAUAUCCCSGUGAUGAAGAGAUUUCGGGACUACGUAGCACUGAAUUUUGAGGUGAUCGUGUCGGCCAUCGUGAACGGCCAUAAYGUCUCGUCUGGACCCUGUGGUAAUGGCACCACGGACGUCGUUCUGCACUGUGGUUCUAUGUAUCGAUCCUGUUUUCGACACGUCCAUCUUUAUGGCCAGCUAGUUGUCACGACGAGGCGAGUGGAGCAGUUUGUCUUUCCGUUUAUAGACAAAUACGCACUUCUCCCGAACUUCGACGUUUCUAGUGAUGCGAUGGAAAGCUUAAAACUAGUAAUGACGGCUGGAACGACGAGUGGAAGCGACAGUGGAAGCGAUUCGAUAAUAAUGACUCCCAUCGAUGAGAAAUCACAGCAACAAAUGGCCGAAUUGGCGGCGACCUUUUUGAUACGAGACUACGAAGCCGUUUGGAUUCGACGAUUCAACUCCAAGCUUUUGUCCACCGAUGCCAAUUACAUGACGAAACGGGUGGCUCUACAGAUAUUGUCCACCGUCUUGCUGACGCGGUCCAACUACACCGUCAUGAUCAAAUACGUGAAUUCGAGAACGAAUCUGAUUCUAGUCAUGAAGCUUCUCCGCGACACGAGUCCCCACAUAACACUGGAUGCCUUUCACGUGUUCAAAGUAUUUGUUGCAAACCCCAACAAGAUUCCMGAGGUCGAAAAAAUACUGAGAGACAACAGCCGGAAACUCUGCGCCUAUCUCGAGACACUGCACUACGACAAGGAGGCAUCGGAUCAGCAAUUUGCAGACGAAAAGAGACUCAUCAUUGCAACGAUACGAGAUUUAUAGCAAGAAGUGUUAUAAUAAUCUUAACUGAGCACCGUUUAUCUUGCAAKUCAAAGAAGUAUCGCAUGCUAGUAGAUUCUGUGCUGUAAAGCAUUCACAGCAGUAAUUGAUGACUUGACGGCACGCCUGCUCGAGAUAAUUCUAUACAUAAUCUAUUUCGUACAUGCGCAGGUGCUUUCUCAGGCUCAGCCCGUACUUCAUCACAUUCAAAUCAUACAAGAUGAAAAUAGCGGMAAGGAUCGCACUUUCCUUCAGCUGGCGGCGCACGAUGACUUCAACAUCGUCGAAUUCCCAUUCGGGACAUUGGUCUUCCCCUAUCGUAGCGUUGCAAUUCGUGCACUCGUUGCGGUUCAUUAUACACGCAAUGCCUCCCCGUUCUUCCGGGGUUAGAUCCAAGCGGUGCGACCAYAGGAUGGAGGUCACAAAGAUGGUCAGCAAAACGAAAGCGUUGACAAACAAAACACCUAUCAAAAUCAGGUUGGCCGUCCUCUUUUUUUGUUUGUCRAUAUUACUUCGAAUAGAAAAGGCAGACAGAU